ACCCCGUCACAACUGUCAAACGUCAACGUAAUUGUGCUACCUGGAAUUCUAGAGCUUUCAUCACCCAAGAACCACGAAACACGGGUAAAAGCGUAAAGUAAACUUCGGUAGGUGCUGGUGAAAAGAGAGAAAAAAAUCCGGAAAUUAGUGACCCAUUAGGAAAAGUGUAUCUAGCGCACUGGUGAAAGGUUGCUCGAUGCAAACGAGCAAAGGCGAAACCGGUCCUGCCCGUCAACAAAGAAAAGUUUGCCCGUCCCCAGAACGCACGAGCUCGGGAACAAACAUUUCCUCAGCUGUGUGGCAUUAGCACAGGGGUACCGCUGUGCGUGUGUGUUCUGUUACCAUCUACACCCGCACCUGCUGGAAAAUCGUCUUGCAAGCGUCGAGUUACUGACCGAGGUUCCGAUCCGUCGCUACAUCACACGAACCCGCUGUCGUCCACCCUCAAUCCGUCCUUCCGAGCAACUUGUGUACGCCACCACCCGCUUGGUGAAUCAGGUGUGUGUUAUUUAUGGUGACGGUGUAGGCAACUGCAGGUGCCGUACGAAAAUUCGUCCAAGCUCUGGUCACGGGAGCUACUACCACAACGGUGAAGGUGUAUGUGUUCCAGUGAACGUUUUGCGUGCCCUGCCUUCGGUCGAAACAAGUAGCCGCCCUACGUCGUCAAGAAGUUCCAAAGUUGAAAGGCCCCCUGUAGGUGAACCAUUAACUAUUCACCAAAUCGAAACACCCGUACACCGCUGCGCCUACUUCCUAGGACCAAUGUCAGACGAUCAGAGUUCACAAUCCUCCCCAGCAACCACACCAUCCUCAGCACGUCCCUUCAUGCCACUGCCGCUGGAACUGAACGGCGAGCGAAGGAAACCGUCCAAAAAGCUCAGCUUCCAAGGAUGCCAGGGCGGGCAGGCGCCGGUCAUACCGGAUCCGACGCGCGAACGCAUACGAAUGCAGGCGACGGCGGGCAAACUACAGAUCGCGCCAAACCAAACGUACGACUUCACCUCGGAAGAUAUGAUCGACGAGGGUGAAAUAGGGCGCGGUGCGUUCGGUGCCGUCAACCGGAUGAAGUUCACGCACACGGGCACGGUGAUGGCGGUGAAGCGGAUCCGCUCGACCGUGGACGAGAAGGAGCAGAAGCAGCUGCUGAUGGAUCUGGAGGUGGUGAUGAAGUCGAACGACUGCAACACCAUCGUCACGUUCUACGGGGCACUGUUCAAGGAGGGCGACUGCUGGAUCUGCAUGGAGCUGAUGGACACGUCGCUAGACAAGUUCUACAAGUUUAUCUGCGAAAAGCAACAGAGCCCCAUCCCGGAACCGAUACUGGCGCAGAUCACGUUCGCGACGGUCCGCGCGCUCAACUAUCUGAAGGAGGAGCUGAAAAUUAUCCACCGGGAUGUAAAACCGAGCAAUAUACUGCUGAAACGGAACGGCGACAUUAAGCUGUGCGAUUUCGGCAUCUCCGGCCAGCUAGUGGAUUCGAUCGCACGCACCAAGGAUGCCGGCUGCCGGCCGUACAUGGCGCCCGAACGCAUCGAUCCCCAGCGCGCUAAGGGCUAUGACGUGCGCAGUGACGUGUGGUCGCUCGGAAUUACGCUGAUGGAGGUGGCGACCGGGAAGUUCCCCUAUCCAAAGUGGGGCUCCGUGUUUGAGCAGCUUUCACAGGUUGUCGAAGGUGACCCGCCUAGACUGUCCACCACCUACAAUGGGAUGGAAUUUUCGAUAGAUUUUGUAAAUUUUGUAAAUACCUGUUUAAUUAAAGACGAGCGCGAUCGUCCCAAGUACGGUCGGCUGUUGCAGCAUCCGUUCAUUCAGCAGGCCGAAAAGAGUGACACAGACGUAGCGGCGUACGUAAGCGAAGUGCUGGAAUCGAUGGCCAACAAUGGUAUCACGCAGUUUACCACGGACCUGCCAGCGGAAGGUUGGAACGAAAGCUUCAAUUAGGGUGUGAGCAGUGGGAAAAAAGUUACCCCGUUACGCAAUAUGCAUAAUAUCUAUUCGUUCCGGUAGAAACGUAUCAAACGACGUGUAAGUUAGGUCGCAUUUUGAUUGUGCACUAUCUUUUGUUUAAAAAUUCCACCUCUCACUCUCUCCACACCUGUCCAAACGUUUUAGUCUAGUUUUGAAGGAUACAUUCGGCUUAGAUUCGUUGCAUUGUGCAAUUACUAUCGAAUUUCCUACCUCUCUAUUUCAGUUUAUUCAGAAAUUAAGCAUGUAGAAUUUGAAAAAAAAAACCUUCAGAACAAUUCGGUUUGCUCGUAACGGACUUAAACUAUCAGCAACAGCAAUGUUUUAACUCAAAAUCCCAACAGUAAAAUAAGGGCGCGGACAAUAAUGAACUAGAAUUCUGGACAGCGAAUUAAAUUUUUUUUUUCAUGGAUACACAACAUUGUGGCAAUUCGGAUUGAUUUCUGAUUAAGCAUUCGUUUUUUUUAAAGAAACAAAACACACGAGAUUCUUUGAUAGGUAAAGUAAACAUAAUUGAAAAGAAAAACGGACAAAUGCGCAGGAAUUUAUCCCGGUCAGGAAUAAAGGCAGAUUUUGUUCGUAAACAUUGAAACAACUACUACCAUUCACUCACAUACACAAUUACAAAUAAUCAAACACACACACAAUUAGCAAGUAAGUAGCAAAGCAAAGAAAAAUUAGGCUCCUUGUGUAAUCCUCAUUUUGUUGUGCACCCCAGAAUGAAUGGAAGGAAACGGGACGAUUUCUGGACGAGUAAGGAUAAAACAGUAAAAGCUGAUAACACGAUGUGUAAACGUGGAAGAGAGUGGGAAGGGAAGGGAAAGAGAUGAAUAACAUUCAUAUGUAGAACCUGCAAUAUCCUACACAGUUGGUUGUUGUUAGUUGUUGAAAAGCGGGGAAAACAAAACGUAGGCAAAAUGUGAUCCUUUUGACUGGUUUUCAUUUUUCUAUUAAAGCCAUUUUGUGAUGCAAUGAUGAGAUAAAUGAUAGUAGCGAUUAGCAAACUGUAGCGUAAUGGUAAUGUGAGAGCAGACACACAUACAGAGGAAACGAGUACUAAAACUACACCACUAAUUAUCUACUAAAAACCAAACAAAACGUUUAAACACGGAUUUACUACCACUCACACAAUACACAGGAAACGUUUUCGCUAGCAGGAAACGAGUAGUAGCAGGUAUUAUAGUGUUCUAGUAGUAGUAACAGUAGUAAUAAGGAUAGCAACAGCAAGCAAAAGAAAACAUGGCAAGAGGAACGAUUUUUAGCAAUUGUUAAAAAAAAAAAACAAAACAAAAAUGAUCCUCUCCAUUAGUCCCGCGUGUCGCUGUGCUGGAGGGUAGAAUAUUCAUAACACUUUCUUCCGGAGUAACUACUUGAACACUAGAGUUCUGGCGCAAUAGAAGAAAAACAUGACGAGAAAGAGCCACUAUACUUGAACUGUACCGUUGAAUGUUAACUGUGCUUUCAUCAAUCCUCGCGUUUUCUCUUUUAAAUUUCAAUACUAAAUUUCCGUUAUUUUAGCUAAUGUUCCAAGUUCGAUAGUAGAGAAUGGUAUUCGAUCGAAUCCACACAGCCACACACACACACACAUACACGCACUUGCACACACACACACACUCACACUUAGUCAGGUGGGUGCGUUAUUCGUUAUAAAGUUCUGCAAAUUGUCCUAACAGUCCUAGCGUAAGUGCACGGUUGGUUCAAGUGCGAGUGCUAGCACACAUUUUCUACGCCUACUCUUUUUAUCUACGCUUUUCUACUGUGGUUGCCUUAUAAAGAGAUAUGUCAGUAUGUCGUCGUCGCCGUCGUCUGUCGUUUGUAGUAAGCGUGUGCAUGUUUGGAAACGGAAAAGGGAAGAUCGCUAGGUAAAGAGUACCCGUGUGACCAACGGAAGCCGAAUUCGGCCAAAGAGGUAUCCUUGUGUUUUAAUUUCUCGUUUUGCCAUUCCUAUAAUGAUUUCACCUUUAGCAACACAAACACACAUACAUCCCAUCCUAGGUAUUAUUGUUACCACCACCCACCCCUACCCCCCGCGGAUGUUGCGUUCUUUGGGCGACCGCGCGCGCUCAAUACGUUUUGCAGUUGCACUACACGCUGCCAGGCUGCACACGCCGUGGGCAAAUGAUUCUAGCGCACUAUAUAUUUACAAGGAAGUAUUUAGCAUAUAAACCUAGGCAAGCAGUAAGAUAAUACACCCAUAUACACACAUACACACACACAACACGCAAGAGCUUUAUCGUAGUUGUUUUGUGGCGAGGAAUAGUGUAAUGCAUGAACAAAAAAGGCAGGAAUAAACAUAAAGAUAAUACCCGGGGGGAUCGAUGAUUUCAAAAAUGAGAUCGAAAGUCAGUUUGUGGUAAGUUUUGCGUAAGUUUUAACUGUGACAUUGGAUUUAGAAGGGUGCGGGCAGGGAGUGGGUGUGCGUUUAAAGAUAUGAUGUAUGAAACAUGUGGAUAAAAAACUCCCCGUUGUGUUGUGUGCGAUAGCGAAUGUCUGACAUUAGUUAUGCUAAUAAGUAAGAUGUAUAAUUUAGGGGAAUUGUCCAACAAUCGCAGCGCAUAGCAAAACGAGAACUACUAACCUAGAGCGGUGCAAACGUAACUAAACAACCGAAGAAAAAAUACACACCAUUUGCGAACAAUAAUACAAUUCUAACGGAAGCACACUUGCGCUAAUUGAAAAGUAAAUUAAGAAUUUUUGAAAUACGGAUGAAAUUUAAGGAAAAAAAACGCACCACCACGUGUCCAAUCGUCACCACAUCAAUACAGGAGCCGGAAUGUGUUUUUUAGCAGAGCAUAAGUUACUAAACACACCAAUUUAUGCAUGCAUAUAGUGCCGGGGUGCAAGCGUACGUAACAACACAACGGUGCGUAUUUCCGUGCAGGGAACUGUGAAGGAAGAAAAUAAGGAAAUUGAAAAUAAAAACCACAACACCCACACUUACAAA